AUGGAGAGUGGUAAUGGAAACCGUCGCUCUAAGUUUUCCCAACCACGGCGCCACCAAUUUCCUUUCAAUGCUACCCAUCAAUCCAAAGUUUCAAACUUUUCACAAAGGGUCACCCCUCCUCCUACCACCGGUAGUAAUAGUAACGCAUCUACCUCUGAUUUCCACGAGGAUUCACAAGGAUCUUCCAAUUUUAGGGUUUUGCUUGGAACUUGUUCCUAUAUGUGCCCAGAAAGAGAGAGGAUCCAGCGUGAGAAACUUCGAGAUUUGGCAGUUUUUGAGAGGCUAAAUGGUAAUCCUGGAAAAUCAUCUCCAGUUUUUGCUGUCAAGAAGUUUUGCAGAACUAUAUCCAUCAAAGAAGUUCAAGCAUCUGAUAUGCGACCUCUUCCUGUAUUAGAAGAUACUUUAAAUUAUCUUUUGGGCUUGCUGGAUUCUAAGGAGCAUCCGUUCGAAGUAGUUCAUGACUUCAUCUUUGAUAGGACAAGGUCUAUACGUCAAGAUCUUACUAUGCAAAGCAUUGUAAACAAGAGAGCUAUCUUCAUGUAUGAGGGAAUGGUGAAAUUUCAUGUUAUAUCACAUCGCAAGCUCUGGUGUUUUACGGGUGAUCCAAACAUCGCAUCCAUUCAUCAUCUCAACAUGGAACAGCUUGCAAAGACAUUGUCUUCUUUAUUCAAUCUGUAUGAAGCAAAUCGAAAUUCAAAUGAUUUACAUGAGAAUGAAGCUGAGUUCCAUUCGUUCCAUGUGCUUCUGAAUCUUGGUUCUCACAGCAAACCAAUGGGAGAACCUCUUUCUUUAUGGUUUAGUCAUGUAUCAACUCCAAUAUUGAAGUCAAAAGAAAUGCGUUUUGCUAGGAGAAUCGUACGCUCGUUCCGAAUGGGUAAUUAUAUUGAUUUCUUCCGAACUGUAGCAGCUGAAGCAUCAUAUCUACAGUACUGCAUUAUGGAACCUUAUAUCAAUGAAGUUCGUUCACUGGCUUUAUCUUACAUAAAUUUCGGUGGCUACAAACUUCAUCCAUAUCCUUUGUUCAACCUCUCAAAACACCUGAUGAUAGAGGAAUCGGAUCUGGAAUCUUUUUGCCAUUCUUGCGGUCUUGAGACAUGUACAGAUGAAUCAGGAAAUAAGUUACUUCAAACAAAGCAAACUACCUUCAGUCCCCCCAAUGCCAGGUUCCAGAAAUAUAGCUUCUUGGGCUUGCAAGAUUAUGAGAGGUAG